AGAGGCUGUAACGGAAGUAAGGGCGGGCGUGCUCCUGGGGCGGGAUGGAGCAGCAGCAUCAGCAGCAGCUGAGAAACUUGCGGGACUUCCUGUUGGUCUACAAUCGGAUGACGGAACUCUGCUUCCAGCGUUGCGUGCCCAGCCUGCACCACCGAGCUCUGGAUGCUGAGGAGGAGGCCUGUCUGCACAGCUGUGCUGGGAAGCUGAUCCAUUCCAGCCACCGCCUCAUGGCCGCCUAUGUGCAGCUCAUGCCUGCCCUGGUGCAGCGCCGCAUCGCAGACUAUGAGGCUGCCUCAGCUGGGCUCGGUGCUGCUGCUGAACAGCCGGGAAACACACCAACAGGCAGCUAGCCAUCCCCAACCCAGGAAGGGAGGCACUGGAUGGACCCUCACAUUGAAGGAGCCAGUGGACCUUGGGCUGGGUGCAGCCUGUAUCUAGAGUGAGGAGUUGCCUGAGAGCUGGGUACUGUUGCUCCUUUUUCUGGAGCUAAUAAACCCGCUUUUAUUCUGUUUGGUUUAUGUUCUGGGCGGAGAAGCUUUGCCCACUUUAUUAGCACCAUCCUUUAUUUGUCAGGGCAUGUCUGCUGGCUUCGACCCUGGCAGCAGAGAAAUUGCCUUCUAUGUGUAGAAGGAAAACCUUAGCAUUCAUUCCCAGGCACCUGGUUAAACCAAGGUGUCUGGAUGCAAUUUUUUAAGGUUGGUAAUAGCAACGGGAAGGUGAUUCCUGGCCAGAUGACAGAGGAAGUAGGAGCUCUGUCUAGCUGUCAUUAAAUAAAACCUGCCUGACUUUAAUGGCUCACUUGUGAGCUGGAUAUGCAUUUAUUCAUAACUUUUUUUGUGUGUGGACUGUGUCUUGCAAGAGCGAAUUCUGCUAGAUUUAGAGAAAAGAGGAGACAUCUAAGGACAACAUAUCAAGAAAUCACAGGGUUUUGGGGGACUACCUCCUUAUAAAUCAGUAACUCCAGAACAGAUGAAACCUAUAAGAAUUCUGAAUGUUCUGAAACUUUAACCAUAUCCCCAAGUUGUUACUUCUUUACUAUUUUCUAUCUUCUUGAAUGAGCAGUAAAACCUUUAAGCAAAGAAGGUCUUUUUUGCUUCAGGGGCGAUCAGAAAGGGGAAAACUUGGGGGACCAUAUGCUGCAAUAUAUCAGGCUUGAGAUAAAGAAACCCAAGAGAGAAGUGAUGGUGAUAGUUGUGGAAAAGAAGGGAUAAGCAAAAUCUUCGGAACUUCAUUGAUAUUACUUCCUGUCUCACUGCUUAUUUAUAAUCUAAUUCCAGCUCUUCCACCUUUACCCUACGUUCCCACUCUGCUUGUUUUGUGAUUUCUAUUUCCAGCCUAUCCAUUCUUUUUAUUUCCUCCCCAUUGUGGAAUUUACUUCUGCUUUCAGCAGUGUGAAUGACCUAUCCAUCACCACAUUUUCUUGCUGCUCUUGUGUCCUUUUGUAUCAUUCCAGCUGUUUAAUCUUUUCUGUUCCUCCAUUCAAACUGCUAGAGAAAAACACAGCUUUGUAAUGAAUGUCACUAAGUAUUUAAGGUUCCAGCCUCAAGCAACCCUUUGUGGGUUCCUGGUCUAUUCAUUGUCCCUAACAUGGCAGUUAUUUAUACCUUACUGCUCUCCUUAAUCCUUCACUUCACCUUCAACUAUUCCCCAUCAGCUGACCAUGUUUCAUUUUUUUUUUUUUACAGUGGAAAUGGAAACUCUUAGACAUUGGUUCCCACAAUAAUAAAAAUAACUUCCUACAACCACCCACAAAGCACACAGUUUUCUCCCUUGUGUAGCUCAGGAGUUUGAAAUUCUCUAAUAGUAGACCCUGUAUUAAAAUAGAGAUCUGACUCGCUCUGGCCAGGUAGCUCAGUUGGUUAGAGCGUUGUGCUUGAAACAUCACAUGUGCUCAUUAUGCCAAUGGCAAGACCUGAGGGAGACUCCAGCGAUGAUGUUCCAAGGUGGAGAUGCAAUCCUGAGUCAGGGCACAUACAAGAAUUAACCAAUGAGUGCAUAAAUAUGUGGAACAACAAAUCAGUGUUUCUCCUUUUCUCUCUCUAAAAUAAUAAAAUUU